AUGGUAGAUUUUAUGUAUUCCGGAAAAAUCCUGGCAUUACUACCGGCAGCAAAUCUCUUGUUCUUAAACGAUGUAAAAGAGGCAUGCUGUGAAUUUUUACAGAAACAACUAAAUCCUACAAAUUGUCUUGGUAUAAACGCGUUAGCUGAUAAAUACAGCUGUACUGAAUUACUAUCAAUUUCAGAAGUGUACAUACGACAACACUUUUUAGAAGUGGUUGAGGCAGAUGAAUUCCUGUGCUUAUCAUCUAUACAGAUCGUUAAGUUGAUCUCUAGUGAUAAGCUUAAUAUGUUUCUAUCUGAAAAAGAAGUUGGAGGGUAUAAUGAUGAAACAGAUAAGGUUUUAAACUCAGUUGAGUGUUAUGAUCCCACUACCGAUUCAUGGACUUCAAUCGCAAAAAUGCAAGUACGUCGCUGUAGCGUUGGUGUAAGAGUCUUAGAUGGUAUACUAUAUGCUUUGGGUGGUUAUGAUGGAUCAAAAACUCUGAGGAGUGUUGAAACAUACAGUUCUAGUAGAGGAAUAUGGACUAGUAUUGCUGACAUGCAUUUGUGUCGAAAAUAUUCAGGAGUAGUUGCAUUAGGUGGAAUGCUGUAUGUCAUUGGUGGAAGCGACGGAACUUGUAAUUUGAAGUCUGUAGAAAUGUACAACCCCAAAACCAAUACCUGGACUAUGCUUACAGCGUUGCCAUACGGAGAACCAUGUUAUGGGUGGACAUUAGUGAUUGAUAAGCCACCUUAUUUUUAAAACUUAUGAAAUUAUUAAAAUUUGAAUUACUUACUAAAACUUAAUAAAAUAAAUUUGUUUUUAUUAUUGUAUGUUCAUAAUAAUUAAAUAUUUCAAUAAAUUAGGUGGUAUUACAGUUAUAUUUUAUUGUUUUUAAAAUUUAAAUUAAACUAUAAUUAUACUAUGAAAA